AUGAGUGAGGAGUUGAUACCAUCAACUGAGCUGUCGUUAUUUGCCGAGCAAUGUCCGUUGGGAGAUGAGUCCCCUACAACGGAAAAUGUCGACAAUGAGUCCGUAGUAAUUUUGGAUAGUGAUGAACAUAAAAUUGAAGAAAUAAAACAGUGGUUACAGCACAAUAUUCCUGAAGAUAUAUGCGUGUCGUGGAAAGAAACUUCAGAAGAUAGAAUUAAAGAACUUGCUAAAUUUGGUAUUAAAGAUAUUUUUAAGGAAUGGCCACGAUAUUUCGAUUCCAAUGGGUACCAGUUGAUUGAUAUUGAUUUUGACACUAUGUUUCCCGGAAAAUCAGAUCUAAUGUUUAACAAAAUUGAAAGCGUUGAGGAAGCAAUAACGAAAGAGCUGUUCCCUUCAUUAAUAAAAGAUAAACUGAACCUGACGUAUUACGACGCCAUGCUUGUUUUUUAUUUAGAUUGCAGGCAUUAUUAUCUUAUAAACUUACUACAUGCAGUAAUAACACCGCCGAGAGUGAAUAAAAACAUAAAGCCCUUCAUUACAGAUGCACAAAUGGAUAUGAUGGUGCAUCUUAUAAAUAUUAAUAACUUUCAGCAAAAACUUGACGAGCUAAAUGAAAGCGCUCACAACGAGGGAUUAACACUGCAACCUAGAGUUUUUGUUGUUGAUGAGAGUCCUCAAAACUUGAAGGAUUUCUAUGUCUGUGUUGACAACAUUAAAUAUAAAGUAGGUAGCUUAAUUAGGGCUAUAGAUUUAGUUGUAAAAAUGUCUUUUGUAUUCAACAUUGAAUAUUCCGUAAAGAGCAAAUAUGUGUGGAUUUUCCUUCAAAGAUAUAUUUAUGAUAUUUCCUCUAAGGAAAAAUUUCCCAAAAUUGAAAAUAUUUUAAACAAGCUAAAUAAUGUUCAAUAAAAAUGCACUUGAAGAAAGACCCACACAUACUUGCUUUAUAUGCGGAAAUGAAUUUAUAUUAUUUGAAAAUCUUUUUAACCAUCUUAAGAUUUUACAUCGAACUCCAAUUACUUUUAAGUAUUUAUGCCUUUAUCAGAAAUGCAAUAGAUAUUUUCAAAACUUGUAUAAGUUUCGAAGUCACGCAAGCAAGCAUGAUUUUAAUUGUAAUCUUAAUGAAAGCAGUGUAGUAGUAGUUGUCACUUUUGUAAACUUUACUCUGUAUAUUCUCAAAUAAAAUAUAUUUUUUAUGAAAAAAGUAAA